UUUCCAUGGCCACUUGUAAAAUUGUUCCUGUGUUCUUCUGUUACAGCUUCUUUGUUUUUCUAUUUUGUUUUGUAGACACAGAUGAGGACACGGUGAAAAGAUGUUUUGCCACGUUUGAAGAGAAAUUCUUCCAAACAUGUGAGAAAGAACUUGCCAAAAUCAACAUUUUCUAUUCAGAGAAGCUGGCGGAGGCGCAGCGCCGGUUCACGACCCUGCGCACGGAGCUGCAGUCCACGCUGGACGCGCAGAAGGAGGCCAGCGGCGCCUCCACGCUGCAGCGGCGCCGAAAGCCCGUCUUCCACCUGUCCCACGAGGAGCGUGUCCAGCACAGGAACAUCAGAGACCUGAAACUGGCCUUCAGUGAGCUCUACCUCAGCCUCAUCCUGCUGCAGAACUACCAGAACCUGAACUUCACUGGCUUCCGCAAGAUCCUGAAGAAGCAUGACAAGAACCUGGAGACGGCGCGGGGGGCGGAGUGGAGGGUGGCCGAGGUGGAGGUGGCUCCCUUCUACACCUGCAAGAAGAUCAACCAGCUUAUCUCUGAAACUGAGGAAGUGGUGACCAACGAGUUGGAAGAUGGAGACAGACAGAAGGCAAUGAAACGCUUGCGUGUUCCGCCCUUAGGAGCAGCUCAGCCUGUACCAGCCUGGACUACAUUCAGGGUUGGAUUGUUCUGCGGGUUGUUCAUUGCACUGAAUGUCACUGUCAUACUUUCAGGUGUGGCUUUUAUAGAUGGACCAAAUGUGUGGCCACUGGUGAGAAUCUAUCGAGGUGGCUUUCUCCUGAUAGAAUUCCUCUUUCUCCUGGGUAUCAACACAUAUGGCUGGAGACAGGCUGGAGUCAACCACGUCCUCAUCUUCGAACUCAAUCCCCGCAGCAACUUGUCCCAUCAACAUCUCUUUGAGAUUGCUGGUUUCCUGGGUGUUUUGUGGUGCCUGAGCCUGCUGGCAUGUAUAUAUGGUAAAUUCACCUACAUCCCCAUGCAGGUGAACCCACUCAUCUUGUACGGCUUCAUGUUGCUUUUUCUCAUCAACCCUACCAAAACCUUGUAUUACAAGUCCCGUUUUUGGCUGCUCAAACUAUUGGUAAGUGUCAAAGCUGGUUGA